AUGACGACCACAAGGGCCGUGCAGCACGCGUUGCUGCGUGCGAGAGAAUUGUGUCUAGUGGGAGAGUACGAUCAAGGCAUUAGCGAGUUCUGUGCGGUGAAAAAGACGCUCGGGACGCAGCUAUGUGGUCUUGCACAUGCACGUGAGUUUUUAGACAAGCUAGAGCACGAAUACCGGACAAUCGUGGAGUACCGAACUUCACUGGAGACUUUGGCGAUCGUGAGUCAACAGGUGCAAAAAACUUAUCGAUGCAGCAAAGUUGCAGGCAAUAACAGACGGCAACAACCUACUGAGCGGACAGCAAAAGCCAUUAUUGGUUCGGUCACAAAUGCUGCUGCUGGUAAAAAAGUGAAGACGAUGGAGAGCCAGUCGAGAAAUUUGCGGCGGACUAAAGUGCCUGUUGUUGUACGAAGGAGCCAGAGACAGGUGCCAUUGUGGAUGCAUCGAGGCAAGCCACGUGCUCCUGAACUGUCAAGAGCGCGGCAGCUGUAUCAGACUCAGAAAAGCGCAGCAAAAAUCACGACGAGGUCAUCGGGGUCAUCUUUAGACAAUCAGACUCGCAAGGAUGUAAGGCGUGGUGGAUCAUUGACGACUGCGCGCACAAACGUAAAUCAGCGGAAGACUCGACGAGAUCCGCAGUCGCAGUCUGCAAAGCGGCGCGAAAGCGCACAGAGUGCAGCAAGCUCGAACAGUAAUGGAGUAUGUCAAGAUUUGAUUGCAGGCAAAAUGAAGUACUCGGAAUUGGCAAGAGAAAACGGUUGGGUGGACCAAGAGCUCAUUGAGAUAAUUGAGCGAGAUAUUGUGGACCACGGCGAAAAGAUCACGUUUGAGAACGUAGCUGGUCUGGAGCACAUAAAGCAGCUCCUGCAGGAGACUGUCAUGCUUCCCCAAAUGGCACCACAUCUAUUCACGGACGGACUGCUCAAACCGUGCAAUGGUAUACUGAUGUUUGGCCCGCCGGGAACAGGGAAAACGCUUCUUGCAAAGGCUGUUGCGCACGAAUGCAAAACUACGUUCUUUAACGUAUCUGCGUCGACGCUUUCGUCAAAAUAUCGAGGGGAUUCGGAAAAGUUGGUGCGAAUAUUAUUUGACAUGGCGCGCUAUUACGAGCCGUCCAUUAUUUUCAUGGAUGAAAUCGAUGCGAUUGCGUCGACCAGAGGAGCUGUAACAGAACACGAGGCGAGCCGAAGGGUGAAAACUGAGCUUUUGGUUCAACUUAGUGGUGUUACUUCUAUGGAGCACAAUGGCGGUCAAGUGAUGCUUCUUGCAGCCACCAACUUUCCCUGGGAACUUGAUGAGGCCAUGCGGCGGCGAUUGACGAAACGCGUCUACAUACCUUUACCUGGAAAUGAAGCACGCCGGACGUUGUUUGAACUUAAUUUGUGGCGAAUUGAUGUCAGCAAGGAUGUAAAGCUGGACAAUCUUGUCCAGGAUACGGAGGGCUAUAGUGGUGACGACAUUACCAAUGUGUGCGAAACGGCCAAGCGCAUGCCUGUAAAACGCGUGUACACUCCGGAGUUAUUGCUCAAGAUGCGGCGGGAUAUGGAAGCAGGCGAAGGGCACCGUGAAUUUGAGAUAGAGCGACUUGUAGUGACUAAGGCGGACUUUGUUGAAGCUUUGAGUAACGUUUCCAAGUCGGUUGGGCACGACCAACUCCGUCGGUACGAGGAAUGGGAAGCCGAAUUUGGUUCGAAGUAG